ACUUCUCUUCCACUGGAACCCCUCCAUUUUCUGACGUCUACCGUUACCUGAUUAGAAGAAUCCGGAGGCUGUGCCUUAAACCUUUCAAUCUGCUCAGAAGUUAGCGCCCUAGCAGCCCGCUAGUUGUGUGCUUCACGCCUAGUGAUAAUCAGGGAGAUGUUGAGCCUCUAUGAGGCAAUCCAUGGCCAGAGAGAUGUUGACUAUUCACUUCGCAUGCUCUCGACCCGGCUGGUUCCUCCUUACCGUUCCUAUAAAGAGCCCUGCCUACAAUAAUACCCUAUGUACAUGUACAUGACAUGUAUGUACAGUACCAACCUCGUGGGUGCUGGGUGCGCGAUAUCAACGCCACAGGGGGCUCUCUCAGGAGGACAGACUUCAUAGAAGUAUCAUUAGACUCCUCCAGCCUGACAGUUCCCUGUCACAGGCCGCUUAAGCCAUACUCCUUUUGUAGGAACCUGGUACGCAAACGCUGGAUGUGACGGCUAAUUAUUAAGAGGGCAUCUAUCGAAUCUAUCUACCUGUACGACGACACGAUAUCUCGCAAGAUCCGCCUUUUCUUUUUUCUUUUUUUUUUAAUUUCUUUCCCCUUCUCGAGAAACUAAAUCAACCCGCUCUUUCUUUGAUUUCACCCCAUUUCCUCUCGUCGCCAUAUUCUCUUUGUCGGUCUUUUUUUCUUCUUUCUUUCUUUCUUUCUUUCUUUUUUUUGACCCGAUAACAAAAAUCGCAUAAGAUCGGAGACUCCUCUCCAGCUCGGAAUGCUGAUUCUACCACUAGCAAUCCUGGUUCUGCUGAACGCAAGGGCUGUCCUGUCGUCAUGCGCACACGGUACCUAUCUUCAUCGUCGAGCUGCUGACGACCACAAGCCGUUUGAGCCGCCGAAUUUUGGGUAUGGCCCCUAUAACGGCCCCACGAACUGGCAUACCCUAUCAGCGGAUUAUAUACUCUGCGGUAUUGGAAGAACACAAUCCCCCAUUAAUGUCGACGAUUCCGUUUACCGAGUUUCCGCGGGCUCCCUGAAAAUGCAUGUUCCCGUCCAGAAUGUAACCUUGAUGAACUUGGGAACAACCUUGGAGGUCGCACUACAAGGGAAAACAAAAGUCAAUGGGCUCGAAUUUUUGUUAGAGCAGUUUCAUUUCCACCACCCCAGUGAGCACACUCUGAAGGGCGAGCCCUUCGUUGCUGAGAUACAUUUGGUCCACGUCGGCAAACAUAACCAUAAGGAACUCGCAGUUGUCUCCUUGUUGGUACAAGUCUCGACCAAGCACUCCGUUUGCUCCCUAGAUAAGGUGAUUCAUAAUGUCCACCAAGUAGCCACUCCCGGAAAGGAAGUCACCAUCCCAAGAUUAAACCUCGCCGACCUCACCUACCUAGUCAACAAGCAUCCGCUCUACACCUAUACAGGCAGCCUGACCACGCCGCCCUGCACGGAGGGCGUAAAAUUCUACAUUGUCCCAAAACCUAUCCCAAUGCACGUCACCGUCUUCAAUACCCUCAAGUCUGUCAUGGGCCACAAUGCGCGGUUCCUGCAGAACAACAAUGCCACGAAACCGAACGUACUUGCUGCCGCAUGCCAUACAUCCUAGCUGAGGAGCGGAGUAAUGCCACAGUAUAGCCGGCGAUGUUGGCAACGUCUUCUGUUCGCUACCCGUGAGAUUUUGGUUUUUCUCACGGCGGCUACCACACGGGAAAGGUAGAGGAGGGGCAAGGCUUUUAUGUACACAAUCUACUUUGGUUUGAUGUUAGUUGCCGUACCUUUGGGUCUUUUUUUUU